AUGGACCCCACUGAGAGUGCUGGCCCUGCUGGAAGAGAGUCGGGGUCCACCAGUGCGGUGUCAUCUGCAGAGCCAUCUGUUCAGGCACCAGUUGCUGCAAGGGUUUGCGAAGAUGCGCCCAAGAGCCCAAUAUGCGAAAGCAACCUCUACAUUGAGGUGCCCCUGAGGCCUGAAGAGAAACGGGCUGUGGACUUUCGGGACAAGCUGUAUUUGGCCCCCCUGACAACGUUGGGCAACCUGCCCUUUCGACGCGUUUGUCGAGGGCUGGGUGCUGAUGUAACGUGUGGCGAGAUGGCGAUGGCCACUAACCUGCUCCAGGGCCAGGCAUCGGAGUGGGCCCUUUUGAGGCGACAUCCAUGCGAGAAACUGUUUGGUGUGCAGGUGUGUGGUGGCUACGGGGAUUGUCUGACGCACUGUGCCCAGCUCCUGGAGGAAAAUGUCGGUGUUGACUUCGUGGACCUGAACUUGGGGUGUCCCAUCGACCUGGUGGUCGGCAAGGGCGCCGGCUCCGCGCUCUUGCUGAAGCCCAAGCGGAUGGAGGACAUCGUAAGGGGCAUGAGUGGAGUGCUGAGUUGCCCUGUCACGCUCAAGAUGCGCAAGGGUUACCAUGACGGAGAGGAUGUGGUUCGAUCCUUUUUGCCUUCUGUCGCGGGCUGGGGGGCCUCGGCUGUGACGAUACAUGGGAGGUCCAGGGCGCAGAGAUACAGCAGGCUGGCAGAUUGGGAUUAUAUAGAAGCCUGUGCAGCAGACGCCCCCCAGCUGCAGAUGAUCGGCAAUGGAGACAUAUUUUCUUACAUGGACUGGGAGCGGCACAUGCAGGGCUCGGGCCUGGCCACGUGCAUGGUGGGCAGGGCGGCACUGAUCAAGCCCUGGCUGUUCACUGAGAUCAAAGAACGGCGCCACUGGGACAUCUCCGCCACAGAGCGCCUGGAUAUGUUGAAGGAGUUUUGCAGCUUUGGGCUGGAGCACUGGGGAUCGGACACCAGGGGCGUUGAGACGACAAGGCGGUUUCUGCUAGAGUGGCUGAGCUUCCUGUACCGCUACGUUCCCGUCAGCCUGCUGGACAUCGUGCCCCAGCACGUCCAGUGGCGAGUACCACCCUUUGUGGGAAGGAGCGACCUCGAGACACUGCUGUCCAGUGACAAUGCGGGGGACUGGGUCAAGAUAUCCAGCAUGCUGCUGGGGCCCGCGCCAGAGGGAUUCGUCUUCACGCCGAAACACAAGUCGCACGCUUAUGUGGUGGAUGGAAGCGGGGAGCUGGAGAACGGCUAA